AUGGAGCAGGUUAACAUUCAAACUAAUGCUCCUCUUCUAGAAGAGAGAUUUUGCGAACUCAAAAAAUCGCUCAUCAAACCUGAAAACAAGCGAAAGGUCAUUGAGUCUUAUGGUAGACUUCUCAACUCACUGGAGUUAGUAGUCGCACACAUUGAGAAGUUUGGGUCUUCAUUAGUGCCAGAAAUAAAUUUCAACGAAGUUAAAGAAAAUGGGGGUCUUCUACCCGACGCGUUUGCAGAUCUAGUUCGUGAGAGAGGGUGUGUUAUUCUUCGGAAUGUUGUUAGUGAGCAACAGGCCACGGCUUGGGAGGCAUCGCUGAAAGACUACGUCUCUCGCCACCCUGGCGUUGGGGGCCAUCCAGCUAAGAAGCCGGCAGCUUGGAAUGUCUUCUGGACUCCAGCACAAGUGCAGAUGCGCUCCCACCCGGAUAUCUUGCAAGCUAUGAGAAGCGUUUCGCGUCUUUGGCAUUCCAAUGAUCCUUCGAUUCCGAUCGACUUUGAUAGCCAGGUGGUAUAUCCGGACCGAAUGCGCAUCCGAUACCCUAGUGAUGACCCCGAGCAGUUUCCACUGGCCCUUCACCUUGACAGCGGUGCAAUCGAGAGAUGGGAAGACGAAAUCAACCGACAGAAUUUUGACGCCAUAUUUCAAGGCAAUUGGGAGAAUUGGGAUGGGUGGGCUGCAGACUUUCGAGUCAACGCGAACACUGAUCUUUAUCAAACCGGAAUUUCUUGCUCCACCUGGCGCAGUCUUCAAGGAUGGUUAUCUCUCUCGCACACCAACACUGGGGAGGGUACUCUUCGCCUCCUGCCUCACUUGAAAGCCUCAGUCGCAUAUAUCAUGUUACGCCCUUUUUUCCACACUGGUGAAUUCGACGACUCCUUGCCGACAUUUCCCGGGGCUACACCUAGAAACACGCAAUUCUUUCCUACGACGGAACACCACCCACACCUCGACCUUGAGCGAGCAGUUGUUGGAAUUCCCCCUGUUCGACCCGGAGAUUACGUUUUCUGGCAUUGUGACUUGGUCCACGGCGUUGACCAAAUGAACCAAGGCAAAAAUGAUUCGAGUGUGUUUUAUAAUGCCUCCAACCCUCUGACUCCAGCCAAUGUCGACUCUCUUCUCGCUACACGGGACGCGUUUCUCGAGGGAGAUGUCCCUGUGGAUUUCAUGCGCGGCCACGGUACCAUGGAGCGCGAGUAUGAACACGAAGACCACGGGGCUAGGAAGGAAAAUAUCUUGACGGACGGUGGUCUGAGGGCCAUGGGCCUGUUAAGGCUAGAUGAAGAUGAGGAGGGCUUGACUUCUGGACAGAGAGAAGUAAGGCGGAUCGCAAACCACAUGUUGGGGCUGUAG